AGUGUUUGCUCUAACUGAAAGGCUUCUAAGGCAGCGCCUUGACAUACACAGGAUCACAGGAUACCAAGGAAUUUCUGUUUGCAUCAGCUGAGUCUCUAGUAAAGUGCCACCAUGAGCACUGACGCGGAGAUGGAGCAGUAUGGCGCGGCGGCCAUUUACCUCCGCAAGCCAGAGAGGGAGAGGAUUGAAGCCCAGACUGCUCCAUUUGAUGCCAAGACGGCCUUCUUUGUGACUGUUCCUGAUGAGAUGUAUGUCAAGGGCAAACUUACCAAGAAGGAGGGUGGUAAAGCCACUGUUGACACAGACGGAGGAAAGACGGUCACUGUAAAGGAGGAUGAAAUCUUCCCUAGAAACCCUCCAAAGUUUGAUAAGAUGGAGGACAUGGCCAUGAUGACCCACCUUAAUGAGCCAUCUGUGUUGUUUAACCUCAAAGAGCGUUAUGCAUCAUGGAUGAUCUACACCUACUCUGGGUUGUUCUGCGUUGUCGUCAAUCCCUACAAGUGGCUUCCUGUAUAUGAUGCUACAUGUGUAGGAGCAUAUAGAGGGAAGAAGAGGAUUGAAGCUCCACCUCACAUCUUCUCCAUCUCUGACAAUGCCUAUCAGUUCAUGCUCACUGAUCGUGAGAACCAGUCUGUCCUGAUUACCGGAGAAUCUGGUGCAGGAAAGACUGUCAACACCAAACGUGUCAUCCAGUACUUUGCAACAAUUGCAGCUCUUGGUGGUAAGAAGGCUGAGCCAACGCCUGGCAAAAUGCAGGGCUCCCUUGAGGACCAAAUUGUUGCUGCCAACCCUCUGUUGGAGGCCUACGGUAAUGCCAAGACUGUGAGGAAUGACAACUCCUCUCGUUUUGGUAAAUUCAUCAGGAUUCACUUCGGUACUACUGGCAAGCUGGCUUCAGCUGAUAUUGAAACAUAUCUGCUGGAAAAAUCCCGUGUCACCUUUCAGUUGUCUGCUGAGAGAAGCUACCAUAUCUUCUAUCAGCUGAUGACUGGCCACAAGCCUGAGCUCCUGGAGGCUCUUCUGAUCACAACCAACCCAUAUGACUACCCAAUGGUCAGUCAGGGUGAAAUCACAGUGAAGAGCAUCAAUGAUGUGGAGGAGUUCAUUGCAACAGAUACUGCUAUUGACAUCUUGGGCUUUACUGCUGAAGAGAAGUUAAGCAUCUACAAGCUGACUGGUGCUGUGAUGCAUCAUGGCAACAUGAAAUUUAAGCAAAAGCAGCGUGAGGAGCAGGCUGAACCUGAUGGCACUGAGGUGGCUGACAAGAUUGCGUACCUACUGGGCCUGAACUCGGCUGAUAUGCUGAAAGCUUUGUGCUACCCAAGAGUCAAGGUUGGCAAUGAGAUGGUGACCAAAGGUCAGACUGUCCCACAGGUCAACAAUGCUGUCUCGGCUCUGUGCAAAUCUAUCUAUGAGAAAAUGUUCUUGUGGAUGGUUAUCCGUAUCAAUGAGAUGCUGGACACAAAGCAGCCCAGACAGUUCUUCAUUGGAGUGCUGGAUAUCGCUGGAUUUGAGAUCUUUGAUGUGAACUUCUCCCUGGUUCACUAUGCUGGUACAGUGGACUACAAUAUCACUGGCUGGCUGGACAAGAACAAGGACCCACUGAAUGACUCAGUUGUUCAGCUCUACCAGAAGUCAUCAAACAAACUGCUGUGCCUCCUGUACGCAGCCCAUGCUGGAGCUGAAGAGGCUGGUGGUGGUGGUGGCAAGAAGGGUGGUAAGAAGAAGGGUGGUUCCUUCCAGACUGUGUCUGCUCUUUUCAGAGAGAAUCUGGCCAAGCUGAUGACCAACUUAAGAAGCACUCAUCCUCACUUUGUCCGUUGCCUGAUUCCCAAUGAGACAAAGACCCCAGGUCUUAUGGAGAACUUCCUGGUCAUCCACCAGCUGAGGUGUAACGGUGUACUGGAGGGCAUCAGAAUCUGCAGAAAGGGUUUCCCCAGCAGAAUCCUCUAUGGUGACUUCAAGCAGAGAUACAAAGUGCUGAAUGCCAGCGUCAUCCCUGAGGGACAGUUCAUUGACAACAAGAAAGCUUCAGAGAAGCUGCUUGGCUCCAUUGAUGUGGAUCACACACAGUACAUGUUUGGGCACACAAAGGUGUUCUUCAAAGCUGGUCUGCUGGGCACUCUUGAGGAGAUGAGAGAUGAGAAACUGGCUGAGCUGGUGACCAUGACUCAGGCUCUCUGCAGAGGAUACGUCAUGAGGAAAGAAUUUGUGAAGAUGAUGGAGAGGAGAGAAUCUAUCUUCUCCAUCCAGUACAACAUCCGUUCUUUCAUGAAUGUCAAGAACUGGCCAUGGCUGAAACUGUACUUCAAGAUCAAGCCUCUUCUGAAGAGUGCUGAGACUGAGAAGGAGUUGCAGAACAUGAAGGAGAACUAUGAGAAGAUGCAGACAGACCUGGCUGCUGCUCUAGCCAAGAAGAAGGAACUGGAAGAGAAGAUGGUCAGCAUGCUGCAGGAGAAGAAUGACCUGCAACUUCAAGUGGCUGCAGAAGUUGACAAUCUCUCGGAUGCUGAAGAAAGGUGUGAGGGGCUCAUUAAGAGCAAGAUCCAGCUCGAGGCCAAACUCAAAGAGACAAGUGAGAGACUGGAGGAUGAAGAGGAAAUCAAUGCUGAGCUGACU